AUGCCUGCCACGGCAAUCGACGCCGUCGCCACCGUCGCUGCUGGCCUGUUUUACACGCAGUCUCUGCUGCCGCUCUGGCUCUUCAACCUCCGCGUCAAUGGCCGGUGGGACGGGCUCGAGUACGUCAGCCUCAAGACGCGCAUCUUCGACAUGGUGCCCGCGGAGUUCGACUGGGUCGAGCGGCUCCUCGUGCUCGACACGGACAUAAUGGCCACCCGCCGUUUGCGUGCAUUCCUCAGCGGCGUGGCGGGCGGAGUGAUGGAGGUGGCGUGGCCGCGGAGCGGGCGGUGCGACCCGCGGGUGGAGGUGGUGGUGCCCGCCGAGCGGCCCACCCUCCAGGUCGCACGAUGGCUGCGUGGCCCCUUUGCCCUCGGCUCGCCCUCCAACGCCUGGGGCGACCGGAUAGCGACGCACCUCAACACGGCCGUCCAGCUGCAGCACCGGCGCUGCAGCGCGCGCUGCGUCUCCUCACGUCCAUUCGCCGGCGUUGCCAACAGGCACCUCCGCUCCGCUCGGCACGGGGCGCCCGCCCAGUCGUUUCUCAUCGCCCACGCUCUCGCGCGAGCAGCAUCCACGGAGCAGCACGUCGCAGUACCGGCCCGCUGCGUCGACGCGGCUGCCCGGCUGGAGUGGGCCGCAGCCGCCUUCGGCCUCGGCAGCGCUCUGUGGGCGGUCGGUGUGCUCGGCGCUGCCAUCUGUGUCUGCUCCGCCGCGACGAGGCGCCGCCGCAUAACUCUUAUCUUUGGCGCGGCAUAACUCUCGGUGAGUGAGCGCGGCAUCUUUGCGCCCACCAUCGCCGUUGGCAUCGGCUUUGGACGUUCCUCUGCCGCAACGUCAUCUACCCGUGGCACCUCGGAAGUGAGCAUGUGCUCACCGCGCACGAGCCUCUUGUCGCCGUCCUCUCAGCGACCGCAUACUUUGCGGGCGUGACGCACAGCCCAAUGACGGCUUUCGCGGUGAUGGCGGGCCUCUUCUCCACCACCUCGUCCGUUGUCACCGCCAUGCUCGUUGCCGCCGUCCUCGGCUGGCUCAGCUCGCGCUUGUUCGCACCGCGACCGCUCUACGGCGCGCUCUCCGCGAAGCUCCCCCCGCCGCUGCCGCCCGAGUCGCUCGAGUGUGACCCGCAGGCGCUGCCCCCCCCACACUAUGUGCCGAGGGGUGUAAGCGCGCGUCGCGCCCACUUUGUCGAAGUGUCGGAACGGCUUCCGAGCGCCCCAGCAGGCGGUCGCGGGCCCCGGCG